AUGUCGAUAAGCGUUGGACUCAACGGGGAUCAACUCACAGAGAUAGGUGAUUUAUACAAUAAAUACAAUAACGGUAUGCACAACAUCUCCAAGGAUGAUAUCGAAGAGAUUGGAGAAAGUUUUGGCAUAGCUAAUAUGUCAGAUUUUGACUACAAAGAAGGUGAAUCUAACGCCCGAAAAUUACAAGAUCUUGUGGUAUAUCUUGCCAACAACGAUAAAAACACUGACAACAUUAAGAAAAUAAGUAUGUCGUCCUUCGAAGUAAGACUUCACGUGGGUAUAUUCAGAGAAUACGACCUAAAGGGUGAUCGCAAAGGUCUACUUGACCUCGAUGAUGUGAAAAAAGUCAUUGUCGCUUUAGAUCUAGCCGUAUGGAAUAAUAGUAUCAGUUAUCGCCCAGCUGAACAAUGCAUACUAAUUGUAUUGAAAGAAAAAACUAAACAAAUUAACGCAUUGGAGUUCUUAGACCGCAUAUGGGCAGUAAAACCGAACCGAGGCACAGGUGUAAACCGGAAGCAGGUUGAGGACCUGAUGACGUUACAUAAUGAUAAGACAAUUGAUGGUCACAUUAACCCUGUCGGAAUAAUGGAACUUUUCAAAAAGAUAUCUAUAGUUAAAAAAGACUACGAAGGCCAAUUGGCUUUUGGUUCCAAGAGAAAUCCGCAUUUGGAGAUGCAAGAGCUGUUGGUUGUUACAGCAGAAUACAGCCUCGAGGAAAAAGUUGGAACCGUAUAUUCUACCUCUUCGGUUAAAUAUGUCUUAUCGGAUUUCACUAAGCUGGAUGACGACAAAGAUGGUCUACUCACUAAGGGAGAAGUUAAAAAAAUGACCGACGUGUUUACCCCGAACAAAAAAGAGAACAUUGACUCUUUCAUGAAGAAAUACGAUACCAAUGAAGACGAACACAUGGACAUAUUGGAGUUCAUCAUGGCGCUGUUUAAAGAGAAAGUGAAGUUGAAUGAUUACGAUGAAAAGUUUAACAAUCAUUAUAUGAGGAAUAAUUUUUAA